AUUUCUACAAUGCCAACGCUGUCCGAGGAGCGUAUGGUCGUCUUCCUGUGCAAAUUAGUAUGAGGAUCGCAUUUAUUUUUAUCUUUAGCGUACUUUAACGAAACAUUUUCAUCUUCCACGUUCACGGUCGUUUUUCGUGCCGCAGCACAACCUGCCAGUUCUCUUCGGCCUCUGACGUUUUGACGCCUCGCUAUGUCGACGAGCUCACCGCCCGGAUCGGAGCACGACGUGCUCGACGCGAGCUUCGGGGCAUAUGGCGUUCUCAAGCAUUGCACUCUCAACUGCUGUUGGGUGAAAAAUUUGUGAUGCAAGACUGACUAGCAACAGCUAAACGGGUGACUUUGAGCGUCUUGCAUUACAGACUCGGUGCGGAUAAUGCUGUUUUUUUAGCGUGCCGGGAACUUGCCAUGUAGAAAAGCUUGAGCGUGUGCACCAGCGUGAUUAUACAUAGUGGUUCUGUACGACAAUGAUAAAGAACCGUGUACGAUAUACAAAUGAGAGCGUAAGAACGCCUGAGAACUGCAUAGACCGGAUUUCAAGGACAUUUUCGUGCAGGCCGAGAGCACGGCGAAGGCGGCGACGGUGAAAGCCGGCGCACCGGAUGAAAAGGUGGUACUGGUCGCGGACGGCAACGACCCUGUUGGAGUUGGAAAAACCAGAACGCCCAGCAGCAGCACGGCCGCGACAGGUUCCGCUAUAACAGCUGCUGUGAACAACAAAACACCAGCUCCUCCAGUCGCUACGACGACUACCGCCGCCGUGGCCCGGAGCGUGUACGGUGAUUUAUUUUCCCCGACGCGCAACAAGGAAACGCCUGGUGGUGCUGUCGCGGAUGAAAUGGUUGCGAAGAUUUCUGGAACAAAGGCUGCAGCUCCUGCACGAUCCUCACCGUCCGACCAGCAGAUGCUGUCCCCCGAAAGCGACGGAGCGAGGUUUCUCGAUCCGAAGUCGAGCCCGGAGCAGAACAGCACGAAGCCGCGGGGGUCGCCAUCGUCCCCUCCGGGGUCGCCGGGCGGGGGGCGCAAGCCGCCGCCGGAGUUGCAGCGGGGCUUUUCGGACGUCGGGAAGGAUAGUCAUGAAGUGAAAAUCAAUUCUGACUCCCGACCUCCUGCUCCGCACGAACAGCAAUCUUCUGGUGUAGUAGUACAACCCUAUCGCUCCACCGCUUCGCCACCAAGCCCCAAGUCUGCGUCGUUGGCGGAUAAUGGCAAAAUAAGUGUCACGCUCGAGAACCUGGUCCGGAUGUCGCCGCCGAUUGGAGGAGGGAAACAUACGGGGAGCGCGGCUGGCGCAACGACGAGCUCGAGCAGCCGUGGGAACUACGCAACUCCCGUGGCGGCACCCGGGCUGGUGCAACCUCAAAGUUCUUCUGGUGCAACCACUACUUCUGCUAUGAUCCUCCCUCCCCCGACGCCCAACCACAAAGCGAAUGCGGCGAGCGCAAGCACUCUGGCGCUGCCGCCGCCCACGCCCAGCCCCUCCGCGAAGCGAAAGCACAAGCGCAGACGAAACCGAAACGGCGAACCGAUCACGGAAAGCAGCUCCCCACUGUCCUCCUCCAUGAGCUUCUCCAACACGUCCGGGAGCUACCUAAACCGCUCCCUUUCCGGUAGCCGCCACAACGUGCUGAAGAGCGGAGCCUCCACCUCCGCGGAGCCCCCAUUGUCCAUGUUCCAGCGGGCGCAGCAGGAACGCGACCGGCUGCGAAAACUCGCAGAAAUCAAGGAAGGGGGCGAGCAAAUAUUUUUGAACUACGAUAUUAUCAACAACUCCGGAGCUGCUGCGCCGGCAACGAUGGCGCAAAAGCUCAAGCCGCCAGACCUCCCAGCGAGCAGUGGGAGCAGCACAUUUUUUGUGCCACCGGUCACGGGCACGACGAACGAUAGCGUGGAAAAUAAACACACGACCGUCGAACCGGUGAUCGAGCACUUUCAAAUGGCCUCGGAUGACGAGGACGAGGGUCAGUUGGCGGAUCCGAUAUGAAUUGCAAAUAUGUCUGGGUCUGGAAAAGUGCAACUUGUAUUGCGUGUCCAGGAUUCCAGAAAAAUCUGUAUUGCAUAAGAGCAACAAAUGUGCCGCAAUUUCGUCAUGAAAAAGCGCAGUUUGUAAUGCGCACUAAGGAUGAGAAAGUGUCUGAAACAUUUGUCAUGCUACACUGCUCUUACAGGUGCAGUCACUCGUCGCCAUUCAGCAUCACAAAUUUCCAGACCCAGACAUAUUUGCAUUUAAUAUCCGAUCGUGCCGAGCAAUUAUACUUCCGAGCAGCGCACGCGCGUCUCGAAAAUUCGCCAGUUGUUCGACCAGAAGAGCUCUUCCAAGGAGAGUGGCCCGGCCGGUCCUGCAACCGCUGGAAAUGGUAUGAAUAGUAAAAAAGCAGAAAGUAAAAAAUCUUCUGCCAAGGAAGAAACUGCUGCACAGCAGGAUGUCAUGGUGACGCCGCGUUCCAACGCUUCCAGCGUCCACAGCACUCCGCGCGUGCUGCACCGUGGCCGCGUGCUCUCGGGCGCCGCCUCGCCCACCACACCGACAACCGCCGCGAUUACCAAUUCGUAAAUAUUGUGUCUGCUGGGUCUGGAAGAUUGCAAGAUUUGUACAGGAUUUCUUCGGCAUGACUCUCAGCUCUGUAGUGCCUCGCCACGACGAAAUGCAGGCCCCCUCACCCGUGAUGCAAAAACGAAGUUCGUCGUGCACGCUGCCAAUAAAGGCAUAUUCCUCACACAAAAACGUGUCAGCAUGCAGCUUGGCAGUGCACAAUUGCAGGGCGCUUAAUAUUACUCCUAAGCUAGCAAUAGCAUUACAAGUUUUCCCCAGACCCAGACCUAUUUCCAGUUGAUACCGAUGCGCGACUUCCAAAAGUUUCGCGAGGAGGAACUGGCGCGUCUGGCGCACGCGGGGAAAUUAUUAGCGGAAUUCAAGCGCGACGAGGACGAAGACACGGAGGACGGCUUAAGCGACGUGUUCGACGAGGAGCUGGAUACGGAAUUGGCGGACCUGCAAAACAAGUACAACAAAAAUGGCACUACACCAAAUGUAUCAAACCCGGAUCAUGCAGUUGUUUCAACAGGGCCCAUCCAGAUGAACCGCGUGAAGCAGCAAGAACCUCCGAGUCGUGAUGUCCAGAAACGACACGGGAAAACAUCAAAUGUUGACGACAACACCUCGUCGAAUUAUGGAAUCGGAGCCGCAAAUCGUGGGCGGGGCACUGAUGUCGUUCCGAGCUCCCCGUCCUGCAGUUCGCCGGACUCCUUCGCCAGCGGAGGCCCAGGGGACAAACCGCGGCGCGGCUCCUUCAAUCCGCAGGAGGCGUUCGGUACGCUGGAAAGUGUGCAGCAGACCAGCCGCGUGCCCCGGUUCGGUCAAGACUCCUAUUGAGAGGAAAAAUCCCCCCUCCCCAUAUUUCUUAGCUAAGUUUCCGAAAAUUUGUGUUGCUGAUUUGUGGCCACAAAUCAGGUUUGUCAUGCAAGAAGGCAAGUGCAGAGGCAUCCGCCCAAUUGUGAAGCGAUUUGGCAUGCUGUUGGUCCUAGAGGGCAGCCGUUUGCAAUGCUGAACAACUAGACCUGAGCGCUCCCACCCAGGCUGCGGAUCUGGCAGGAGUGCCGUACUGCAAGAAAAGUCGGACUUGUGUACAGAAAUCAGCAUCAGAAAUUUCCAUUUUGAUAUGGGGAGGGGGGAUUUAUUUUCAUUUUGAUAACUCCUCUCCCGACACCAGCACACUCCACUCGCCGCAGUAUUUCCUGGUAAAAAAGCGACGUGGUCCCCACAUGCGUCGUGUAAUUCUGCAAUGCUGAAAAUGUUUGUCAUGCGCUAGUUGUACCACAUGACGGGCAGUUUCGAACUGCUACCUGGGAGUUUUUUGUCAGGGUCGAAUCAGGAUGAACCGACUUCGCAUAUUAAUUGGGCUGCACUAUCAUGGCUGAACAUCGGAUGGCACAACUACGACGAGCCCAGACUUCUCAUGCGCGACAGCCCCCAAAGCUGUGUGAUUUGUGUACGCAAAAAAAAAAUCCCAUCUUGACCCUCAAGUAGUCGUGGGGACGUUUUUUACAGUUGAUACAAAGGACCACCAGGACACUUCUUCCAUGCUCACGGGUUCUUCGCACCGAGACAGCCGCGCAAGUCCCCCGAGCGUCGACAAGCUGCACGCGAAGAAAAGCAGUGUGCUGGACGGCCAGAGCCCCAUUGCUGCCUUCGACAGUGCGGUGGUGGUCGACCCGGCCGGGCGGGUAAGUCCGGAGAAGCCGGUGCGGCUGGUGGAGGGACCAGUGACAACUGCAAGUGCUGCUGGAACUACUUCUAGUAGUGCAAAGAGCAUGAAUGACUUCACGCCGCCGCCCCGACCGCCCGGGGGAGGCGGUGUAGCUGCAGCCACAACGUCCUCUUCAAACGGAGUUUUCACACCGAAGGUUGGCAACGCUGUGGUGGAAGGAGGCCCGCGGCGUUUCUUCGACGACAAAGAGGGGAACAAACGGCCUGCUGCGGCAGGACGAGAAUCUGCAGGCUCCACUCCGUCGUCGUCCUCCACCGGGCCUUCUGCAGCACUGCACCAACACGCAGGCGUGCCCGCGAACGUGGGCUUGCCGCCCAACCCUCGUCGCACCGGUCCGCAGGAGCAGCAGCACCUCGGUGUAGGCGUACUAUCCCCGCCGGCGCAAGGAGGGUCUAGUUACAUGUACUCGGGGUUUGGUGGUAGUGGCCCGUCUGGUAUAACGCCCGCACCUAAUGGUACCGCGCCACAGGAGGCAGGAGCACCUCCGGGCGGGGGCAGCACAUCGGGGGUUCUACUUGGGCAUCAAAACCAAAGCACGACCACUUUUGGUGGUGGUCAACCGGCGGCUGGAGGUGCCGGAGCGACGAUGCAACAGCCUCCGGGCAGCUACCAGCAGCACGGGCAGCACGGGCAGCAGCACGACAGCACAGUGAACUCUGGCUACCAACAAACUAGCCACCAGCAGCACGAAAAUCAAAAGCACCCUGGAGGAGGUAAUAUGAGCUACAACAUGCCCCCACAGCAGCUGCAGCAGCACGGGGGCAGUAGUUCCAGCUCAGCCGCCGGUUCGGCACGACCAGGUUCUGGCGCGGCGUACGAAAACGCAACGUAUACUAGAGGAAGUAACGUCAACACGCACCAAUCCGGCGGCCCUGCUGCCGACAAUUCCGACUCUGCCCUCCCCGCGCACCCAAGCGCGAACUGGGCGGCGCAGGGACAGGAUUACUUCGCCGCCGUGGUGCAAAAGAACCGAAGGCAGAGCGGAGGGGGCACGAAUUCGGCAGAUCAGCCCCUGCUUGCCGACGUCCCGGACCAGCAACAGCACGGUGGCGGCCACACUGUCCACCAAAGCUACCCUAGCCAGCCGGAGUGGAAAGGAUGGACGGUCACACACGACAACCAGGGGGCCAUGUUCUUUCACCACCCGGAGCGCGGGGAGUCGGUGUGGGAGCAGCCGGACGAACUUAUCACACAGAAACAAACUAGCGGGUAAUUAUAAGGCAUAGAAUGAAUUCACAAAAAGAAGAUCUCUACUCAAGUGCUGGCUAAAGCAUGCCAGAGUGAUUUUUUUGUGUAUUAAUCAGUCUUGCGUUUUACAUAAAAGCUUUUUUGUUCUGUGUAAUACCGCUCGAAGACGUGCUCGGCCGCUGGGAACUUGUCUCCCCGACGGGCGAAAUUUUGCAGCACCAAGCGCAAACAGUGGCUGCCUCCAGCAGUUCUACAACUCCGGGUAAUACAUCAACAUCAACCAGCCAAGAUCCGCAGUCCUUUUGGCGCAACGAAAAGCUCGGUCUGAGUCUGUGGCAGGAUCCCCGGCAGACCGCAACGGUGUUCAACGCGGCCUUGGAGGGAAAUAUUGCGUAUCUGCAGCUCUACUGCCACUUCUGCCGCGAUGCGCUGGAUUUGGUGGACCUCACCUACCAGCGCGCGGCCCUGCACUUCGCGGUGGCGGGAGGCUACAACCAAGCCGUGGAAUUGCUGGUGUUUUCCCAUGCGAACGUCAAUGUCCGCGACGGCGAGGGGGCCACGCCGCUGCACUACGCCUGCCGCUACGGCUACUCUCCCUGCGUGCAGUCGCUGCUUGACGCGGGCGCCGAUUGGAACGCGGUGAAACCCGCGGGCGCGCUGCCCAGCGUGCUCCACGAGGCCUGCGGGCUGGGACAGGUGGACGCAGUGGCGUGUUUGAUUUAUUUCAGCUGCGACACCUCCCUCGCUAUCAAAAGGAAAAAUCUUCCCUCCCCAUAUUGACAAGGCAUUUUUCUGAGAAUUUGUGUUGCUGAUUUGUGACCACAAAUCGUCUCUGUGUUGCAUGAAGGCAGCUCCACAGGCUCGGCCGCAUUCUACAGGGGGUUUGUCAUGCUGUUGCACCGACAGCGUAGACGUCUGUCAUGCUAAGCGCCUAGGCCAAAGCCUGCCUACUCAGGCUUAGUAUGGGCCUGCAGUCCUCGCCAGCAAGACAAAUCUAAUUUGUGUACGCAAAUCCAGCAUCAGAAACUUCGUUUUGAUACGGGGAGGGGGGAUUUUUCAUUCUGAUACUCGCGCACCUGGUCAACGAAGACGGGCUCACGCCCAUGCAGGUUGCCUCUCUAUCAAAUGCAAAUAUGUCUGGGUCUGGAAGAAUGCAAACUUGUGAUGCGAACUUCACAACGCAGAAAAAUCUCUCAUGCACAGGCAGCAAAAGCUGCGCACUUUCUGUCACCAAAAUGGGGCAUUUUCCAUGCGAAUUCGGCAUUGCGGAAGCUUCUCGAAACCUGUGAUGCUAGAGCUUCUAUGCCAGACCUUCUGCGUCAUGCAAAAGCAGCAUGACCCUUCCAGACCCAGACAUAUUUGCAGUUGAUACUCUCGGCUCGGCUACCACGAAAUCGUCCGACUCCUGUCGCACAAUCUGGACGUAUUUUUUUCUCCGAUGCAUCUUACUUCUAUCUUCUGUUGAUAUAAUGGAAGAUAGGAUUUUUAGCUGGCUCACCAAAAGUAGCCGGGUCACAUCAAAAUCAACAGGUUUGUUGCUGGAAAAAACAAAGAACAAAAUACUAAAGGCGAUGUUAUAAUAGCAAAAAAUUGAAUGAAAUUUCCACCAGGGCGCGCUGUCAGAGGAGCUCGCCGAAAGUUCAUCCGACGAGGAGGAGGCGAACUUUCAGAUUGAAGAAGAUCUGUCCGGUGUCGGGGAAGAUGACGACCGCCCGCUCGCGGGACCGAAAGGAGAAUGUACAGUUGAGUGGAUUUUGUAAUGCAUAAUGCGUAAAGAGACUCGUGCAUCGUAGUUCAUAGCGCGUCCUGCAUGAUGUUGGCGCAUGUUGAUUUUCGCGUUGCUGAACUGGAUCAGCUUUGUACCGUUGUUCCUGCAUUUAAUAUUUUACGAUAUCACGACACGACAGACCGCCCGCUCACGUCCACCCUGACCUCGUUAAUGCGGAGCGUGCACAAAACGGUGAGUCAACUGUACCCGGAUAUCCUGAGUAAAAAUGUCCCCACACCAGAGUCGAGAUGGGGAUUUUGCAACACAAACCUAGGAGUUUUGUGAGUCACGCAUGACAAGUUGCGCUCUGCAGUGUAGUGCAGGUUAGCAAGUGCAGCCGCGUCACAGAUUCAUCUGCUCAUCCUGUUCACAGCAUCACAAAUUCCAAAACACGACUGGAAAUGGCUCUCAUGGGGAUGCGCAUUACCAGUCUUCCUGUCUUUGCAAAUCUGCAUUACAACUCUGGUGUGGGUACGUUUUUACUCACGAUACCGGAGGAGUCGCACCUCCCAAAUAACGACGGAAAACAGCUGAAGUACGAUCCACAGAGGAAAGAAUGGGUCAUGAUCAGCUGAUACUACCGCGGUCUUCCUGGGGACGUCGUGGACGACAAAUCGCAGCUCGGUGCGCGGGGCUCCUGCGUGGUGCGUCGGAGGAGCAAACCAGAAGGAGGGUUGGGCGAUGGCUCGGAUCAUGAUCUGAUCUUUGUUGCUCAUGGAAGUUUAGUAGGCUUCCUCCUCUAAUCUCAGUCUUGAAAUAAAAUCUUUGAAACCGGUUGCAGCUUGUCUUACAAAACCAACGCAAGUCCUUACGAACAGAAACAAAUCAGAAACAAGUCUUGUGAAUCAGAAACAAAAAGUCUUCUACAAUGGGUAUGGGUUACUUUGUUCAACAAUACGGAAUAUAGUCGCAAAUCGAGCACAGUCUUGCCGGACACCAGCACCACAGUGGCGCGAUUUGGGAGAAGAAGCGCGCUGCGUUUUAUCAAACGCGUCGACACACAACCUGCCGAUGCUUUUUGUCAAAUGCACCUGUGUCGUGAAAGGGAAGAUGCUGCUUUCUCUUGUGUUUGAGAGGAACAGGAGGUGAAAAAAUGUGACUUGUAAAAAUUCUAAAUGCUGUUUACUUUGUAGGAUCAGGCCAAGUAAAAAUACGAAGCAGGCAAGACGCACGACGCAAUGCAAAGAGUGCAGGUGGUAACAAGCCC